AUGCCAGCCCAGGCCACCGACCCAGCCAAGGUCCCUUUCGCAAUGUCAAGGAAGAAAUCUGUGCCGGUUUUGAGGGAUCGACGGGCGCAGCCGGACACGCGAGGGGAGCGGCUGAGCAUCCUCUGGAGGAACCUGGUCCCCAUGAGUCUGCUGCACUCUGUGCUCAUCCCUAAGGCCACGAUGCUCACUCUGAUGUGGGCCUACUUCUGCUUCCUCCUGACUGCCCUGGGUGUGACGGCUGGUGCCCACCAUCUGUGGAGUCACAGGUCCUACAAGGCCAAGCUGCCUCGGAGGAUAUUUCUGGCUGCUGCCAACUCCAUGGCUUUCCAAAAUGAUGUCUUGGAGUGGGGCAAGGGCCAUCAAACCCACCACAAGCACUCGGAGACAUUUGAGGACCCCCAUAACACCUGUAGAGGCAUCUUCUUCUCCCACGUUGGGUGGCUGCUGGUUCGCAAGCAUCCAGAUGUCAUUGAGAAGGGCAAGAAGCUUGAUGUCGCUGAUCUGUUUGCUCUGUUUGCUGACCCCAUGGUCCAGUUCCAGAGAAAGUCCUAUAGGAUCAGCACGGUAGGUCCUAUAAGAUCAUGUGUUUCCUGUUCCCCUGAACCGAUGCCCUGGUACAUCUGAGAGAGUCUGUGGAAUUCCUACUUCUUAGCUCCCAUUCUCUGAUACAUUGUUGCCCUCAGUGGCACCUGGCUGGUCAACAGCACUGUGCACAUGUACAGAAAGCAGCCCUAUGACAAGCAUAUCAACCCUCAGAAGAACCCACUGUCGCUCUGGGGGGGGGGGCAUUGCACGAAGUCGGCCCUCUGUGGCACUGCGUUUAUUGCCAGCUUUAUGGUCGUAGGUGAAGGCUUCCACAAUUACCACCAUGAGUUUCCUUUUGACUUCUCUGUGAGCAAAUUUGGCUUAAAUUUCAACCCACCCAACUGGUUCAUUGACAUCACGUGCCUCCUGGGACUGGCCACUGACCACAAACGGGCGACCAAGCAGAUGAUCGAGGCUGCCAUGACUGGUGAUGGCAGUGGCUGA